AUGUCUUUAUUGGAUGCUUGUCAUAUAACAUAUGCAUUAAGAGAUGGCUAUUUUGCUGCUUGUACAAAGGCUGUAGAGUUGACAUUAGUUCAACAUCCAAAAUUAAGCCGCCGUAAAGAAGAAUUAUGUUCAAAAGUUUAUGAGAUUGCACAAAUUGAUGAGGAUAUUAAAAGUUUAGUAGUAAUAGCAUCUGCAGAAGAAGCUAAUGAAAUGGUAAAGAGAGUGGAGGCAACAUUGAUAUAUAAUCCUGAUAAAGAUAGACUUGGGGGGAGUACGUGUAGUUAUUUGGAUAAAGAUGGUAUAAAGUCUGCUAAUGGUUUGGUUUUAAGAGCUUUGGAGAAUGGGUAUGAUCUAAGAAAGAGUCGCGCUUGUGCAUGCUUUUUAGCACUACUAAAGGGGUCUCUUGAAGAUUGUGCGUUAACUUUGAGGUCAGCUUUGCAUAAUCUUAUCCCAUAUACUAUGGCUGAAACUUUAUGCUUUGAAAUGGGCCAAUUUGCUGGUAACUCUGUAAUACCAUCUGAAAAGCUGAUAAGAUGUGCAAUAUUAGAAGAGGAACAAACUGGUAUGAGCUCUGUAACAAGGCAAAGGGCUGCAGCUAAUGAAGCUAUUGUUACAGCUUUAGCUAUUCAUAACAGGUGCUAUUUAGAUCCAAAUGAUGUCAGACAAAUCUUGUUCACAGAUUUUCCAGCUUCAGAAAAUGUUGUAGAUCGAAGAGCUUUAUUUAAUAGAUUCAAAAACAUUUAUAUUCGUAGGAAGAAUAUUGCAGAAGGUCGAGUUCCUGUUUUUGUACCUGGAAUAUUGACUCCUUCUGAAAUUAAGGAAAGUAGUAAGGUGUUGGAAGAUGGAUUAGAACCCAUAGAUUUAAAUAAUUAUCAAGCUUUACGUAUUUUGUUCAUAACAUACAGGAAUUUAAUUGAAUCCUUCAAAGAGACGCAACAACUUAUACAAGAUCUCUUCUUCCAAAGAAGAAAUGUUGCAGAUAGUCUCAAAAAACGAUUUUAUUAUCAGAUUCAGUUAAUAAAGUAUUUAGAAACUCAUAUUGGUGCUUUAUCUCAGUACAUAUCUGAAGAUAGAUCUGAUAUUUCUCCAAAAAGUAAUUUGCCUACUGCUCUUUCAAACUUAAAAUUGUACGCAUCAUUAAAUAAAAAUAAGGAGUGGGGAGAUCCCUUAUUUGAUAAACAACAGUAUGAGAAUAUGGAUCAUUUUGCAUUAUUUUGUUCGUUACUCCAUAGAUCUGCGUUUAGGUUGGCUCUAUUAGUGGUUGGAAUAGCUCAUAGUGUAUUGCAUAGAACCAAAGUGAAGUUGCCAGAUGCAUGUCUUGCUAUAUCUCAGAUGAAAGAGGGGAGGACAUUUAGAUUUUCAAUUCAGUUAGCUCUAACUGAUGUUUUUAUAGCUAAUCAAAAAAUUAUGACACCUGAAGACUUAGAUCCAAUGUAUCAUUUACUUGUGGAUGCUGUUGAUGAGAGUGUAAAUAAUUUUUUGUUGGGAGUUCCAGGUGAUAUACUUGGAACUGGAGGACAAGAUGAUAUAGAUGAUGAAAACUUAAAUUCAUGGUUAGCUCAAACUGAGCAUAGAAUUAAAAAAAUUUUGGAUGAUCCAAAACAGAUUCUAGGUAAUAUUUCACUUUUUGAUGUGGAUAUGAUAAUGCAAAGUAUAACACAAAAAGAAGCAAGAAUUCAACUUCUUGUAAGUGUAGCCGUAAGUAGAAUUCAUAAUAUGAUGAUGGAGUUGACCAAUGAAGAAAGUAAUAUGAGAAAUAUUUUAGAACGUUUAGACACAGCAAGACGAAGUGGAAUAUCAAGUGAUGAAGUUGAGAUGAGUAAUUUACUUAAUCAAGCCAAACAUAAGAGAAAUAUAUUAAUACAUAGAAUAAUCGACUUAACAGCUUAUCAUGCUAGUGUCUGUGUAAGAGCAAUUGAUAUUUUUGAUAUAGCAGAUCGUCCUAUUGUUCGCAAAGUAUAUCGUUUAGUGGCAGUCAAUGCUGAAAAUAAACGACUUCUUUCACAGUAUACAAAACUCAUUCAAAAUCCCCCCUUAUAUAAAUCAAACAAAUAUCUAUUACGUGUAUCAAUUCUAAAACAUAGGGGAGAUCAAGCUAUGAAUAUUUUAAUGAAUCUUUCUCUCGGACCUUUAUAUGAUCCUUUUGACUCCAGAUGGUACACCGACUAUAAUUCCUGCUUUAGUAACGAUAUACCUAAAUUGCCAAUCAAAUUAACUGUAGAUCCUACCAAAUAUCUAGAACGUUAUUCUGGGUUUAUUCCUAAUACUCCUGAUAAACGUCCUCCUAAAUAUACUAUUUAUUGCAAUAGUAAUCAGCUGAGGCGUUUCAAACAAUUACAAAAUGAUAUUGCAGAACUACUUAAGCAGUUGAAAGUACCAAGUAUUAAGUUUGAAUCUAAAAAGACAUUUGCUGCAGAUAUACUUAAUAUUGAAGGGUGGUCCCCUCUAGGUACUACAAUAUCUGAAGAGGAGUUUCCUCAUAUACCUUGCACAAUUACCAAGCAGAUCUUUAGAAGGAUAGUUUCAGAUAUAUCUCAGAGAGUUAGAGGGGGUUCUUCAUUCUUUACGAUACCCUUAAUGAAUUUUUGGUGUGCAAAUUAUAUUCGAUUUAGAUUAGGAAAUCAGGAUUUGUGGAGGAACCUUAUUUCGAGGGUGUGGCUCAUCUUUUUGGAUGAGCCAUUAGCCCCUGUUGAACUACAAAAAAGGAAAUGGAGACUUCUUUCUUGGUUUAGAUAG